UCUAGUUCAAUUUUAAUCAUGAAAUUGCUUUUAAUCAUUAAUCCUUUCACAAUAACCUUCAUUUUAUUUCACAUUUUAGGUGUUUAUGGUAGUGAUUUCAACUCAUUAACGUGUAAAUUUGACAAUGAUACAUGUGGUUGGAUAGACAAAGAUCAAGUUUGGACAAUUGGUAGCUCAAUUAGUGAUCUUCAUAACCUCUCUUGGACACCAAUACAAGGUGACCAUGACAGUGGAUCUGGAGGCUAUUUGUUUGUUGAUAUACGCAAAUUGUCACCGAAAAAAUUAAAUGAAGCCAUAUUAUCAAGUCCACAACAGACUGGUAACGCGACUUGUUUAACCUUUUGGUAUUAUAUGUUUGGUUUGGAAUCUGGUAGCCUUAAUAUUUUUCUUGACCACCCUAAUGAUUCUUCCUCCUCAUCAUCGGAGCCAGUUUGGGAACAAAUCUAUAACCAUGGUCGACGCUGGAUAAAAGCAUCGGUUGAUUUAUUUCCUGAUUCUACUGAACCAUGGAUUGUUUCAUUUCACGCAAGAUACCCAAAUGCUUUUUCAAAUUAUGAAAUAAUUGCUCUUGAUGAUUUUCAACUGACUCCAGGAUCAUGUUCAUCCGAUAUUUGUGAUUUUGAAACUUCUAACUGUGCUUGGUCAUUCCUAUCUUAUGGGCAAACGUCAUGGAAAACAGUUCAGGCCGGAGAACUUGAGCAUUCUUCAAUUGCAGGUGAUCACACAGAUCAAACAACGAAUGGUCAUUUUGCUUAUGUUAAAGGGGCUGAGAGUCAAGACAUAGCAAUUAUGUCUUCAAUCACUUUUAAUCAUACUGGUUAUCGUUGUAUGAAGUUUUGGUACACUUCGACCACUGACGAUGCUACCCUUUCUGUGUUCAAAACUAAUCCAUUGGAAAGAUUAUGGCAUCGAAAUCGUGAUCAUUAUGGUGUUUGGCGACAAGGUGUUGUCAGCAUUGGAGAGUCAGCCUCGAAAUCGUACAGUUUAGAGUUUAGAGUUGAAUUUGGUAGAGUGUUGGAUGCUAGUGAAUAUGCCAUUGAUGACAUUUCUAUUGAACCUGGAACUUGUGUUGAUCCUGUCAGCUGUGAUUUCAGUUCGGAUACUUGUCUCUGGACUACAGUCGCAGAAACAGAAACAUUUGACUGGAUAAGAAUGAAUGGCAAUCUACUCAAAGAUUCACUUGAUGGACCAGGCAAGAAUGACGAGGAGAGUGGCGAUGAUUUCUACCUUUAUGCAUAUUUUGAUCCACAAUUAUCUGUUAAAUCAGCAAUCAUCGACUCAGGAGAUUUUGAUUCAAGUGAAAGUGGUUAUUAUUGUUUAAGUUUUAACCUGUUUGCUGUUAAUCAUGCUAAAUUAGAAUUGAUCAUUGAAAUGUGGGCAAAUGGAAAUGAAUUGAAGCCUGUUAUCACUUUAACUAGUGACAGUUUACUGGAAAAGAUUUGGGAUCCUAUUCAGAAACAAUUUUUCGUGAAUAAUACUCAUUCGGAAAACGAUUUCCAUUUUCUUCGCCUACGAGCGGCUUAUAUAUCAGAGGAAGAAAAAUUAGGGCCUGAUGGAAGACCUUUGCCUCAUCCAUUUGCAAGUUUAGCCAUUGAUGACAUCAAUCUUUUUAAAGUAACGUGCGGAGAAAUCACAUCAACUGUAAUACCCAAUCCACCACCAACUACACCCUCGAUAAAUAAUUUUGCUUGUGAUUUUGAAAAAGAUUUGUGUGAUUUAAUCAAUGACAAUAUUGAAUCAGAUUCUCCCUGGUAUUUGCGCUCUGCUUUAAAAAGUAAAGGUGAUGGUCCAAACGUACCCAAAGUUGAUCAUACAUAUGAUGACCCGAACGGCCAUUUCUUGUUUUCAAAAGCUAAAAGUAAGGGAGAUGAAAUGAUCAGUGAAUUAUCAACUCGAGUGAUUAAAGCAUUGGGAUCAAUUGAUGGUGGCUGUCUGACCUUUUGGUACUAUAUAAGAGGAAAUAAGGAAAGCUCACUAUCUAUUCAAAUGGUAACAUCUGAUUCAGAAAUAAUCACUAUCUGGAAACGUUCUGAUAUUAGCGAUGAUUAUUGGUAUCAAGGCUAUGUUAACAUUAAACCAGUAACUUUUGAUUUCCAUUUAAAAUUUAUUGCUAAUCAUGAUAAUUAUGAUUCUGGAAUUGCUUUGGAUGAUAUAAAUUAUUCGUCUGGUUCAUGUUCAUUUAACCCCAAUUUGUGUGAUUUCGAAUCAGGUUCGUGCGGUUAUGAUAAUGGUAACUUCUAUGAUGAAGUCUGGAAACUUGCCAAUGGUUCGUCAACUGACUCCAUCGCUUUCGACUACUCUACUCAAACAGAAUCUGGAUCAUUUAUUUAUGCCCAAUUCAAUGAUGAAAAGCAAAAGUUUGAUGAUAAAGAGGGUCUUUUGAUUUAUGAUAAAUUCGUUGCUAGUAAUCUAAAUUGUAUACAGUUUGCCACGAAGGUAAAAGAUGGCCAAUUGUCCCUCAUUGUCGGUUUAGACAUCGAUGAAUCGUCACAGACAACCAUUUGGUCUUUAAAUUUCGCUCCUUUAUGGACUAUGAUUAGAAUGCCUUUACCUUUUCCUGGUGAAUUAAAAAUGAUUGCCUUUAGCUUCAAAGGUAAUGGUUAUGCUGCCUUGGAUGAUAUUACUUUUCUAAGUGAAUGUCAACCUUUGGGUUACUGUAAUUUUGAGACUGAUUUGUGUGGAUGGACAACUGAUUCAGAUGUAUGGGAAUCAUUCAGACGUGCCCAUGGAAGAGAUGAAAAUGUUUACAGCCCAGACUAUGAUAUUACCACCAGAAAAGAUUCGGGAUCAUAUGCAUUAGCUUUGUUUGAUUCUAACAAAUCAAAAAAAUAUGCUUCUGAAAAAUACAGUUUAAUCUCUCCAUUGAUAUCGACAACAACUGACCAUUGUUUGUCUUUCUGGUAUUAUGGUAAUGGUAAGGAUGUAGCUGCAUUUUUUGUAAACAUCCGCGAAUAUGAGCCCGAUGGUCAGUACAAUGUCCUUGGUCUGGAUACAAUUCACCCAUCUGAUCAAACACCGGUUUGGCAUCACAGAAGCUAUGCAAUAAAUCCAGUUGAAGGAUACUCAGGCAAACCAUUCGCAGUUGAAUUGAAAGCUUAUGCCAAAAUGAAUACCAAAAGACCCACUCUAAUCGCUUUUGAUGACAUUGAACUCUAUCCUGGUAUAUGUUCAGAGAGUAAAGAGAUAAUUGAUGAAACUGUUUUUAAAUGUGAUUCAAAUGCAAAUAACAUAACUGGCAAUUUAAUUUGUGAUUUUUACCCGGAUUGCAAGGACUCUUGGGAUGAAUCUAAAUGUGGGGAUAAUUGUGAUUUUGAGACUGAUUCUUGUGGCUGGACGGGAGGCAGUUAUACUGAUAAACAUUUGCUGAUUGUUGAUACAAGCAGAAAAAAGGUUACACCUGACAAGGAUGUUACAUUUAACACUGCAGGUAAAGGCUCUUACUGGAAGUUGAACACAAAGACAUCGAGAAAUUUGGUUUACCUAAGUCCAGUGAUGAGAAACUCUGGUGAAAACUGUUAUAUUUAUUUAUCGCUAUACAUGAACAUUGCGAGUAAAACUAGAACCAAAUCUUCCGACAAGUCUUUAUUGCCGCAUUUAACUAUUAGUAUUGUUGACUUACGUUCAACUUUGGUAACUCAAAUUCACAGUAUCUUUGAUGAUUUGGGAAAAAAGUGGCAUCCAAUCAAUCUAUAUAUUGGCCGAAUCAAUAGCGAUUUUCAAUUACGUAUAGAGACAAGAACUUCAAAAGGUACUGAUGUGAUUGCAAUUGAUGAUAUACAUUUUGACCCUGCCUGUGCUGUUCCUCGAGUCGGAGAUGCAACUUCAUGUUCCUCGCAAGAAUUUUUUUGCUCUCGAAUGAAAAGAUGCAUCAGCUCAUCGUUAACUUGUGAUUAUCGAGAUGAUUGUGGUGAUGGAGAAGACGAAUCAACUGGAUGUGCUUUAAGAUCAGGUCGAUGUGAUUUUAAUCAGGAUUCAUUGUGUGACUGGUCAAUUAAUUUAACCCAAAAUGUUACUGAAAGAUGGCGUAUAGUUGAUCAUGAUGAUCUUUCAUCUGAUCUAGGGUCAAUCUAUCCAACUCGUGAUCAUACACUAAACAAUGGGUUAGGAAAAUUUUUAGUUAACACUGGAACAUCAGGUGACAACAAAAUGUAUUCAUUGGACAGUCCAUCGCUGUUUCGCUCUGAUCCCGAGUCCAUUUGUUCAUUAACAUUCUAUUAUCAGUUUACUGAUGAUAAAUCAGCAAUCAAAAGUCUUGAUCCAGCCUCACCUGAUCAUAAUUAUCUAGAAGUUUCAAUUGUUUUACCACACAUACCAAAUAGCAGAAAUACAUUGGAAAUAAUACAAGGAUCAUACGUAUUGGAUUCACCUCAUUUUAAGAGAGCAGCAAUUAACAUCGGACCAGAAAUUGUAAAAAAUAAUAGAUUAUUCAAAAUGAGUUUAUUGGCUGUGCAUUCAUCAGAUUCGAGUGCAUCAUGGGCUAUAGAUGAUAUUUCAUUCAAUUCAGAUUGCCUUUUGGCUGAUUGUUACCUUCGAUGUCAGAACAAAUUUUGUGUCAGUUUGGAUCAUCGCUGUGAUUUUAUUGCAGAUUGUGUUAACGACGACGGUUCCAGUGAAGAUGAAGAUAGCUGUACAGCUCCUACUUGUCCAUUUGGCAUGGGUGAUACUUGUCAUUGGGAUAUCGUACAAGCAAACGAUUCGGAUUCUUUGUCCUGGAGACUUUAUCAACCCAUAAGUGAUCCUACAGAUGAACCAUCAUUUAUAAUACCAAAAUAUGAUGCCACUAAUGAAGAUUCAUCUGGUUGGUUAUUGUUGUUUGAUUCAAGAAGUGCAAAUGUUUCUGGACAAGCUCAACUUUGGUCUCAAAUGAUUGGUCGAUCAGCUGCUCAAUGCUCUCUCAGUUUUAAUUAUUUUUGUGAACUAAACCAAUGUGACUUAGCCAUUUACUUAGAAACGGACAUCGAUAGACCUGGUGCUAGUUUAAAGCGUCUUUGGGAACCUCAUAAACCUUCAUCAGCCUACGACCUAACAGCUAAAUGGCGAUCGGGAAUGGCUUUCAUUGGUGCAACUAAAUAUAGUCGCAUAUUGAUUACUGCAUCCAGUGAUUUUAAUAAUCAAAAAUUUUCUAUCGGAUUAGAUGAUUUAAAUUUCAUUGACUGUACACCUCCUCAAUCAUCAGAAUUUGGCUGUGAUAGAGAAUCUUCAUUCCAGUGUGCAAAUGACAACUGUAUAGAUAAAUCGUCUGAAUGUGAUUUUGUAGAUGAUUGUCUUGAUGGAUCUGAUGAAAGUGAAUCAUGCCAAUCUUUACCUGGGCGAUGUGAUUUUGAGUCAUCUUGCACAUUUUGGAUGUCAGAUUCUUUCAAAACAGACAGAUUUUCACCUCUUUCAUGGGCUCAAACUCCUGAUUUACCUGCAUUCGAUCACACUCUUGGUGUCUCAUUCGGUACUUAUUUGAGUCUUUCUGGAGCUCAAAAGCCUGUAGAUGUAUUGGCGCAACAUUAUUCACAAAUCAUUAGAGGCUCUAAAUCAAAGAAUUGUAUGAUUAAGAUUUGGACAAACAUUAUUGAUUUUCAAUCAAAAAGUGAGCUUGUAAUUUAUCAGAGAUUCAAUUAUUCUCCAUCUGGCUAUCAUGUUGUUGGGCGUAUUUCAGUGAAUUUCUUAGGUGACUACUGGAAAAAAUAUGUGCUAAAAUUACCCGAUACUCAAGACGACUACCAAAUUGUUUUGGAAGGAUCCAUUGAAAAAAACAGCGACGCUUCAAUCAAUAUUGAUGAUAUAACACUUACUGAAGGUUGUUAUAUCGCACCGAAUGACACUAAAUUGCCUGGUAAAGAAGAUGAACCGACAACACUUCAACCGACUGAACCAUUAUUUGGCUGCUAUUACGGCUACAAACCAUGCUCAUCUGUGAUUAAAUGUUAUCCCAUUGAAGCUGAAUGUGAUUUUAAAGAUGAUUGUGGUGAUGGUACAGAUGAAUCAAACUGUCCUACGACCUGUACAUUUGAAGAUGGUUGGUGUAACUGGACUAAUUCAUCGUCCGGGGAUGUGAAAGAUGGCGAAUGGAUAAUCCAAAAAGCAUCAGACUCCGAUGGUAAAAUACCUACAGAUCAUACAAAAAGCGAUGCUACUGGAUCUUAUGGAUUAGUGUUAUUUGAACCAGACGCUACAAACAUUUCAGUCAGUCUGAAUUCACCUAGUUUUUCAUCGUCUGGGCCAAGAUGCUCAUUUUCAUUUUAUUACUACCUGCCUCUAGACUGGGAUGAUGUUGGAUUAACAGAUCAUCGUUUGGAAGUAUUACUUAACCAGCCCGGCAACGACAGUAGAUUAAUUAGUUCUGUUCCAGCUCAUCACGAAAAACAAUGGUUCUACAGUUAUGUUGAACUAGGACAGAUUGAUUCAAACUUUAGUGUGACAAUUAAAGCUAUCAAACAAAAUGAACAACACGCAAUUGAAACCAUCGAUGAUAUUUCCUUUGAAAAUUGUGCUCCAUUGAAGAAAAGUAUUAUGGAAGACUGUCCAGUUAACGAGUGGGAAUGCCAAUCGAAAUGUAUUCCUAUUGACAGAUUAUGUGAUGGUGUAAGUGACUGUACUAAUGGUGACGAUGAAAAUAUGUGUACAACACCAAUUGGAAACUGUGACUUUGAAGAAAAUUCAUGGAGAGAUACUUGUGGUUGGAUCGAAACUGAUUCUGAUCAAUCCUGUAGCCUUGUAAGCGGUGACUCAGAAUAUCCUAAUUCUAUAAAAUUAGAAUCGAAUUCGAUGUGGCCUUGUUCAUCUACUCUGAUUAGUCCCAAUUUCCCUUCAAUGGUAGAAGAUUAUUGCCAUUUUACUUUCCAAUUCAAAUCUGAAUCAGUUUCGAAUCUUGCGGAUUCGUCUAUAGAACUCGGUAUUAAAGGAAGUGACAGUCCAGUUCAACAGUUAAGAAGAUUUAAAGGAAACCAAAAGUCGCAAGAUUGGACUACUUAUCAUAUUGCAAUUAAUAGCACACAACCCUAUCAAGUUUAUUUAAUUGGAUCAAUCGAUGAUGAUGCAAAGAUUCGUUUUAAAUCUUUCAGAUUUUCACCUAACUGUCACUCAGGAAAACCAUUAACACUUGACCUUUACACAAAUAAAACGGAACCUUGGGUACUUCCAACCUCGCCAUCGCCUCCAAUAACCACAAAGCCCUCAAGUCAUAAACCUACCUCAAAACCUACUCCAAAACCACCUCCAAAGCCAACUCCUAAACCAACCCCUAAACCAACCCCUAAACCAACUCCUAAACCCAUUCCUAAGCCAACACCAAAACCAAUAACGAACUGCAAAUGUGAAGAAAGUCCGAUUCCUGCAGAGUGUCGCGAAAUUUGUGACGCACAAAAACAAACCAAACCAGUUGAAAAACAUUCCAAUAGUGCAUCAAUAUUAUAUAUAUCGUUUGGAGUAAUAGCUUCAAUUGCGAUUGUUGUCGUUUUUGUUUACUUGAUUUCCCCUGCAAUUGCACGACGAAGGAAUGGCCAAUAUCGUCAAGCAAUUCUUGAUGACAGAUUCAAUGAAGAUGUUACAUUUGAUGUAACCGGUGGUAACUAUCGAAAUUCAUCAAGUGAUCGUAAUUUGUUUGGACUAGCAGAAACCAAAUCAAGAUACAGAAAUCGAGAAGAUUCACUAUAACAUUACAAUCAUCUUGGUAAGGCGACUAAUUUUAUAGAUAUUUUAUAGAUGUUUAAUAUUUUAUAUUUUGAGACUAAAAUUUUUUUGUCAAUUUUGUACAAAUUCAUGAAGAAAAAUUCAAAGCAGAUCAGAACUGCGUAUUUUAAUGGCUUUAAUGAAUAAAAUGUUUUAUACACAUCAACA